AGCGUUAAUUUCCUAGAGUACCAGAAAAAUCAAUAUCAUCCCGAGAUUCGUUGCCAUAGGAACGGGUGCGGUCCUGUACUGCUUCCCAUUCACUGUGCCAGUCGCGAUGUUUACAAAUACAACGGGGUGCCACUAAUUAAGCGAUAUGUUAGUAAAAACAGUCGCAUUUUUGCUUUUCCUUUACAAAGCCGCGGCUGACCAAUGGUCCUCCGCAAAUCCAACAGUGUUUAAUAUCGGUGGGGUUUUGAGCAAUAAUGAAAGUGCACAUUAUUUCAAGGAAACUAUUCUGCAUUUGAACUUUGACCAGCAGUACGUUCCUAAAGGAGUCACUUACUAUGACAAGGCAAUUUUAAUGGACCCAAAUCCGAUACGCACCGCCUUAAAUGUUUGCAAAUCAGUUAUUUCACGAAGAGUAUACGCCGUAGUCGUUUCUCAUCCCCUAACAGGAGAUCUUUCACCGGCCGCUGUUUCUUACACCUGCGGAUUUUACCACAUCCCAGUGAUAGGCAUAUCAUCACGUGACUCAGCGUUUUCAGAUAAGAACAUCCACGUAUCCUUCCUUCGCACUGUGCCACCCUACUCGCACCAAGCGGAUGUUUGGGUGGAGAUGUUGAAGCAUUUCAAUUAUAAGAAGGUCAUUUUCAUACACAGCUCGGAUAGUGAUGGCCGAGCGCUUCUGGGACGGUUCCAAACCACUUCGCAGAAUUUGGAGGACGAUAUUGAAAUUAAAGUUCAGGUCGAAUCCGUUAUAGAGUUCGAACCUGGGCUGGAGAAUUUCAUCGAUCAACUCAUCGAAAUGAAGAAUGCCCAAUCGAGAGUCUAUCUACUUUACGCCAGCAAAGUGGACGCGAAGAUCAUUUUUAGAGACGCCGCCCUGUACAACAUGACCGAGUCGGGUUAUGCGUGGAUUGUCACCGAACAGGCUCUAAAGGCCGAUAACGUACCCGAAGGCAUUCUAGGUCUCAAACUUGUUAACGCAACCAAUGAAAAGGCUCACAUUCGUGACAGCAUUUAUGUUUUAGCAUCGGCUCUACGCGACAUGAACCAGACCAAAGAAAUCACGGAAGCGCCGAAGGACUGUGACAAUUCCGGGUCGAUUUGGGAAACUGGGCGUGAGCUCUUCAAUUUUAUCCGGAAACAGAUUCUGUUAAACGGCGAAACUGGGAAAGUCGCAUUCGAUGAUCAAGGUGACCGCAUUCAUGCGGAAUACAACAUUGUCAAUAUUCAGCGACGGAAAAGUCAGGUUGUCGUUGGCAAAUACUACUUCCACAAGGAAAGUACCAAGAUGCAAUUAACCGUUGAAGAAAAACGCAUACUGUGGCCUGGGCGCAAGCUAGUGAAACCUGAAGGCUUUAUGAUACCAACACAUCUAAAGGUGCUUACAAUUGAAGAAAAGCCCUUUGUAUACACCCGUAAAUUAGGUGAGGAUCAGGAAGCGUGCCUCGCCGAUGAAAUCCUAUGCCCUCACUUCAACUCAACCCAAGAUGAGACAGCGAAAUACUGCUGUAAGGGAUUCUGCAUGGACCUUCUCAAGGAAUUGUCCAAGAAGAUUAACUUCACGUACAGCUUGGCUCUUUCGCCGGAUGGCCAGUUUGGUAACUACGUCAUUAAGAACACAUCAGCAAUCGGGAUGAAGAAGGAAUGGACCGGGUUAAUUGGCGAGUUGGUAACGGAAAGAGCAGAUAUGAUUGUGGCGCCACUAACGAUCAAUCCUGAGCGAGCUGAAUUCAUCGAGUUUAGCAAGCCUUUCAAGUAUCAAGGUAUCACAAUAUUAGAGAAGAAGCCAUCGAGGUCUUCGACACUCGUCUCGUUCUUGCAACCCUUUAGCAAUACGUUGUGGAUUCUGGUGAUGGUUUCCGUACAUGUUGUCGCUCUAGUGCUUUACCUUUUAGACCGAUUCUCUCCGUUUGGUCGGUUUAAGUUGGCCAACACGGACGGUACGGAAGAGGACGCGUUGAAUUUGUCGAGCGCAAUUUGGUUCGCAUGGGGUGUGCUGCUAAAUAGCGGAAUUGGAGAAGGUACUCCGCGAAGUUUUUCAGCCAGAGUUUUAGGUAUGGUCUGGGCGGGUUUUGCUAUGAUAAUUGUAGCUUCUUACACUGCCAACUUGGCCGCAUUUCUCGUCUUGGAAAGGCCCAAAACCAAACUAUCUGGAAUAAACGAUGCGCGAUUACGCAACACCAUGGAAAAUUUAACUUGCGCUACAGUGAAAGGUUCUGCUGUCGAUAUGUACUUCAGGAGGCAAGUAGAGCUGUCGAAUAUGUACAGGACAAUGGAGGCAAACAACUAUGCGACCGCAGAAGCCGCGAUUGCCGAUGUGAAAAUAGGGAAGUUAAUGGCUUUCAUCUGGGAUAGUUCUCGUUUGGAAUUUGAGGCAGCGCAAGAUUGCGAGCUGGUGACUGCAGGGGAAUUAUUUGGAAGGUCCGGAUAUGGCAUAGGCCUUCAGAAGGGAUCGCCGUGGGCCGAUGAUGUGACGUUGGCCAUUUUAGACUUACACGAGAGUGGGUUCAUGGAGAGCUUGGAUAACAAAUGGAUUUUGCAGGGAAAUUUGCAGCAAUGCGAGCAAUUCGAGAAAACGCCCAACACGUUGGGUCUGAAAAACAUGGCAGGAGUGUUUAUUUUGGUAGCGGCCGGAAUUGUUGGUGGCGUGGGUUUAAUUGUGAUCGAAAUGGCCUACAAGAAGCAUCAGAUUAAAAAACAGAAAAGGAUGGAAUUGGCAAGACACGCUGCGGAUAAAUGGAGAGGAUGUGUUGAGGUAUAUGAUUCUGCAACAUAUUGUGUUCUAUUGUACUUUUUGCAGAAACGGAAGUCUUUACGUCUGACAACCACUCAGAGACGGAUAAAAUCAAACGGGGUUAAUGAUACUGCUACUAUUUCAUUGGCCGUUGACAAGUACCAAAGGACUGGUGCCCCAGAACGUGCUUGGCCCGGCGAUUCUGAUAUCAGACAACGAAGAAUCGAAGAGUCUGGUGGUGUUCAACCUGUGCCGCGUUAUUUACCAGCUUAUACUACUGAUGUUUCUCAUUUAAUUGUUUAAAAAGAAUUGAUGUACCUAAUAGCUGCUAAUUAAUAAAUCCCUAAGAGUUUA